UAUAAUAGGAACUAGAAACUAACUACAAUCGUUAGAUCUAAGUUGGAUGCGCGUGUGAUGAGCGGCCCAGAUUAUUUCACACAUAUUCAAUUCAUUUCCCAAAAAUCAAGCUGGCUUUCUCUCUCCUUAAGCAUUUUCUCUCUCAUCCAUUUCAAGGAUCCUCUGAAUUCUCCAUUAAAGCUGCCUUCGAGCUUUCUCCAUAAAAGCGACUUUCAUGCUUUCACUACUCCAUUGAAGCGGAUUAUGAGCUUUCUAUAUUCCAUUAAUGUAGUUUCUGAGGGUUGUUCUGUGGUGCAGGGCAUUGAACGAUUGGAGACAAAUGUACCUGGAGCUAUGGAUAUCAUAUGGGGUAUGAAAUUUGCGUAUGGCUUGGGCGGGAGAAGUAUUAUUGUGGAAGGAGAUUGCCUUGCUGUCAUUCAGGCUUUGAGAAACAAGUCAGUAGGAUCAAGCUCAUCUACUUGUUUAGUUUUGCUCCAACUACUAGUGCUUUGUAACUAUAGAUCAUCUUCACAAUUUUUACAUCUAGUUGUGCUCAUGAUUGUGCUAAAGAGAGUCAUAUCUAUGAAAUUGCUAUUAGUUGGAAGUCUUAUUUUGCUAUUAUCUAUAAUAUGUUGCUAUAGUUUUGCUCUACCUGUAUCUAGCUAGUGCAGUUCUGCUCAAUCUAGUGAGUUUGAUUUUUACAUAGUGCUAUGAUUGUUUCCUAUGUUGUUUUUUCAUGGUGUGGUGUUUGAGAAAAUAUCCUUCCUAAAGAGUGAUCCCAUCAAUUACUAAAAUGCUCUUAUGUCUACAUUUGUCCCUGGAAAAAGUAUGUAUAUAUUUGCUUCUUUAUUUAUUUGUCUUUAUCAAUCAAGUUUUAAUUAUCUUAUUGUUGGCUUAAUAAAGAA